GCGGUGCCUGCUGCUUCCAGGCACCCAGGGGCUCCGACCGUGUCCUCAAGGUCACUCGGAGGUGUGACCCUGCGCGAGGGCGCUGUCCCUCGUGCUGCCCAGGUGGUCUGAGCGCCAGGGCAGGAGUGAUGAUGCCCCGUCUGGUGCCCAGGUGGCCUGUGUGGCUCUUCUGCUGGCGGGCAGCCUGCGUCCAGGGAGCCUCUGUGCGACAGAGGAUGUGGGCAGGUCCGUCAAGGAUCCCUGGGCUGGGCGGCCUGCGAGGGGUCUGGGGCACCGGCCCCCUGGUUCGACGAGGCAGCUCCUCGGCCUCCUCCCGUGCUCCUGAGGUGACGCUGACCCCAGAGCGCUACCCUGUGCGGCGGCUUCCCUUCUCCGUGGUGUCUGAAGACGAUCUGGCUGCCCUGGAGCACAUCGUCCCUGGCAGGGUCAUCACAGACCCGGAGGAGCUUGAGGCUCCCAACGUGGACUGGCUGAGGAUGGUCCGAGGCUCCAGCAAGGUGCUGCUGAGGCCCCGGACGACCCAGGAGGUGGCACACAUCCUCAGGUACUGUCACGAGCGGAACCUGGCCGUGAACCCACAGGGGGGCAACACGGGCAUGGUGGGUGGCAGCACGCCGGUCUUCGACGAGAUCAUUGUGUCCACUGCCCUCAUGAACCAGGUCCUCAGCUUCCACGACGUGUCAGGGGUCUUGGUCUGCCAGGCGGGGUGUGUUUUGGAGGCGCUGAGCCAGUACGUGGAGGAGCGGGGCUUCGUCAUGCCUCUGGACCUUGGGGCGAAGGGCAGCUGCCACAUCGGGGGCAAUGUGGCCACCAACGCGGGCGGCCUGCGGUUUCUGCGAUAUGGCUCCCUGCGGGGGACAGUCCUGGGCCUGGAAGUGGUGCUGGCCAACGGUACUGUCCUGAACUGCCUCACGUCUCUGAGGAAGGACAACACGGGCUACGACCUGAAGCAGCUCUUCAUUGGGUCAGAGGGCACCCUGGGGGUCAUCACGGCCGUGUCCAUCUUGUGUCCACCCAAGCCCAGCGCUGUGAACGUGGCCUUCCUGGGCUGUCCAGGCUUUGCUGAGGUUCUGCAGACCUUCCGCACCUGCAGGGCGAUGCUGGGCGAGAUCCUGUCUGCGUUUGAGUUCAUGGACGCUGAGUGCAUGAAGCUGGUCAGGCUCCACCUCGGUCUCUCCUGCCCCGUGCAAGAAAGCCCCUUCUACGUCCUCGUCGAGACCGCGGGCUCCGGGCCGGGGCAUGAUGCCGAGAAGCUGGACCGCUUCCUGGAGCAGGUGCUGGAUUCGGGGCUGGUAACCGACGGGACCCUGGGCAGCGACGAGAGGAGGAUCAAGAUGCUGUGGGCACUCAGGGAGAGGAUCACCGAGGCCCUGAGCUGCGACGGCUACGUGUACAAGUACGACCUCUCGCUGCCCCUGGACAGGCUCUACGACCUCGUGGGCGACCUGCGUGCCCGACUCGGCCCGAGCGCCAAGCGCGUGGUGGGCUAUGGACACCUGGGGCUCGUCUCUCUGGACCCGGGGAUGAGUGGGUCUGUGUCUCCGGGUCAGCCCAGUGUGGCCUGGACCCUUUCUCCGUCUUGUCUCAGCCCGCUGACUGACCCUGCGGAGGACCUCCUCAGCCCUACACUGUCAGGUUCCCUGUCUGUCCAAGCUGGAGGUGGAGAUCUGGGCUGUCAGUUUGAGGCCAAGAGCUCGGCCUCUGUGCACCGGUGCCAGGUCGAAUCUCAGAGGCAUGGUUGGGCGGAUGUUUGUCCAUCUCAGGUGGGGGCCCUCAGGGAGGGUGUCCUCGGCUACAGCAAGCCCCCCGAGGCGCUGCAGCUCAUGAGGCAGCUCAAGGCCCUCCUGGACCCCAAGGGCAUCCUGAACCCCUACAAGACGCUGCCCACCCACAUCUGAUGGCCCCCUGCAGCCAGACUGGGGGGUCUCCAUCUGGUCUUGGCAUUGCCUGUGGGAUGGGCCUGCAGAGCCUCCAACCCACAGAGCCAGCAGCAGGCUGGACGACUGGCUGCUUGGUCCAGGGGCCUGAAACUGGCCCCUUGCAGCCCAGGACGCAUGGCUUUCUCUGCAGGAGUCUUCUGGAGCCCCGCUGUUCUGUUGGGUGGGCCGAGUGCAGAGGGCCGCCUGUCCACUAUUGCCUGCCUGCUGGACAGACACUCCAUGCCUCCGCAGGUCCUGGACAGGCUGGGUGGGCGCACAGUUCUGCCCACUCAGGGUCGACCAGGUCACCCCUGCUUGCCUGUGGCCUGUGGGAUCCUGCCUUGUGGGGUACAUCCCUGAGAGGGCAGUCCUACCACUGGCCCCCCACUCAGCGCAAGCCUCUGAGGGGCACCAGGCAGAGGGAAUGAACUCCACGUGGGUGACAGGGCACUGAGGCAGGUCCAUUCGUGCUCUGACCAGCAGAGCUGAGACAUCAGGCACUUUCUGGACAACAACCGGUCCCCUUUGAGCCAGAGGGAUGGGUGUGCCCUGCCCUGGGUGUGUCCCUGCUUGCUGGAAGGCCCGGCAGUUCAGGAGCCAGCCACCCGUUUAUCACACUUGCUGUGACGCGUCCAUGGAGAUGUCUUUCCGGUUCUGCUCUGACCACAAACGUCAGUAGUGCCGGGUGAGAAGCCCCGCCAGCCACAGGCAUCCUGUCACCCCGAGCAGGUGCUCCCCCGUUGACCUUGGUCCCCCUGGAGCAGCUGCUGGGGCUUGGAGACGGUCUGAGAGGCUAGACUCGCCUUCUUUCUGGUGCCAUGAGCUUCCAAUAAAAGCGAUUAACCAGGA